AUGCACCGGCCGAUCGGCGGAUCGGACGCGACGUUGAAGCGCACCCAGCCGAACUCCAAGUAUGCGAACGUCAAGUCUAGGGUCGACACCGGCGCGUCGGUCAACAAGGUUGAGCGGUGGUGGGAGGAGGCCAGCCGCGGCGCCCGGAUCCGCCCGGACGAGACGUUCCGCCGCCUCACCGCGCCGGUCCUCGAAGCUCUCCUCGCCAACCAGCAGCACGGCAUCGAGGUCAUGAUCCUGGACGUGCGUCCCGACGACGCGGACUGGGCGGAGUGCCACAUCGUCGGCAGCGCGUGGUACCCACACACGCGCCUGCAUCACUCCACGGCGCCGUUCUCGCAAGAGCUGCUCGCGUUCCGCGGCGCGGGGCAGGGCGACCGCAUCAUCGUCCUCUACGACGCCGACGAGCGCUGGGCGCCCCCCGCCGCGGAGCUCAUGUUUCAGAAGGGGUUCGACAACGUGUUCGUGCUGACGGGCGGGCUCCCGCGGGCCGCCGCGAAGUGCCCCGGCAUCGUCGAGGGCAUGCUACCGCACGAGGACGCGGCGCAGGCGGCCGCGACGCAGCGCCGCGGCGACCGGCCGAUUCCUGCGAAGCCAACAGGGGAGCGCGCGAUGCCGUCGGGGCCCGCCGCGGUUCCGUCCCCGCUCCUUCCGGCGCCGCGUGGGUCCCCGGGCGCGGCCGCGCACGCGAUGUCGCCCGUGCGGUACGGCGGCGGCGAGGAGCCGAUGGGGGGGGGUGUUGCGGAGUAUGAGGGUCCUGUCAGCCCGGUCAAGCGGUCCGAGGCGGCGGGGCGCGGCGCACGGUCGCAUGCGCCGCCGGCGUCGACGCGCGGCGGGCGCGAGCUCGACCUCGAGAGCAUCCUGAGCGGAACGUCGGCGGUGAGCAAGACCGGUGCUGCGCGGGGCACCGCCGCCGCGCGCUACUUCAAGCAGAAGCGAGACAACCUGCGGAAGGCCGCGGGGGCGCCCGCGCCGGCGUUCCGGUAG